CAGUUUCGCCAAUGAAUCAGAUUGUGGAUCUCUAACUGUCGGCGCCUGAAAGGCUUAUAACCAGAGACAACAUAUAUAAACUGCUUGAAACACAGCGAAGAAUUGACAACAGAGCACGUAAUUGUAAAUACCAGAAUAAGCUGUUGAGUUGAACCAAAAGCAAAAGAAAAGAUCCUUUUCUGAGCAUUAUUCGGUGCAAAUUCGAAACAAUAAGCGAUCGAUUCUUCCGAUUGAUCUGAAUGAGAAGUGAUGCAUCGUCCGAAUGCUGCUGCAAACCAUAAGAUGAACAUGCAUUCCGCUUACCCCCCUCCUGCGUCUUUGGGGGGAAUGAUGGGGCGAGGUCGAGCUGGGGCUGGGGGCAGGGGCGGUAACCCGAACCCUGCCUUUUUCAAUCAGCGUCAAGGCGUGUCUGUUGGCGGUGGUGCAAUGGGAAUACCCGGCAGUCAGAAUCAGCGUCAUGGGAUGUCGCUGCCUGGCGGCGGCGGCGGAAACACCGGAGCAGUUGGCGGGGGAGGAGGAGGCGGCGGAACUAAUUUGGGAGUGACGAUCAGACUGCACGGAUUGCCCCUGACUGCGAGCUCGGCAGAUAUCCGCAAGUUUUUCUCAGGCCUAAGUAUCCCGGAUGGGGGAGUGCACAUCAUUGGAGGAGACAACGGGGAGGCAUUCAUCACCUUUGCCUCGGACGAAGACGGACGGAUGGCCAUGCUUCAAAAUGGAAAAGAUCUCUCGGGAUCGCCUGUUACCCUUUACUUGAGUAGCAAACACGAAAUGCAAGCUAAGAUUGACGAACUACGAAAUGGUGCUGCGAUUGUCCAAGCAGCUAGUUUCAACAACGCGUUUACGGCUACGCCUGCGUCCCAAUUUAUUCCCCAACAACAGCAGCAUCAACAAAUGCCAGUACAACAACAACAACAAACCCCUCAGGCACAGCAGGUACAACAACAACAAAUUGUGCCUCAAAACCGAUUUCAGCCUCCAUCUUCGGCUCCGAGUGGUUUGCAGCCGAACCAAUUGCCGAUUCAAAUGCAGCCCAAUAACUCAGUGAUAAAUGGGCAGAACCAACAGAAUAGACUCUCGGCUCCGCCAUCAGCAGCGAAUGUGUUCAAUCCCCGACAACCGCAGUUUGCCAACCAAAGGUUCCCAGCGCAGCGACCGAUGGUUCCGAAUCACAUGCAAGGCGGGGGAGGCCAGCAGAAUACACCAGCUCUGAAUCAAAUGCAACCGCAAGGAAUUCGUCCAGCCAAUGCUGGCUUCAGACCUCGAGGGGCGUUUGAGCCAAGGGGUCGAUUUCCCGUUGUUAGAAGUCAAAUGGAUGGUAAUGCGGGGUUCAGACCUCAAAUCACCACAACGCCUCAAGCUAGACCAGCGAGGCCAGGAGCUUUUGACAUAGUGCGGGGAUCUGCUAGACCCAAUGUGCCCAUGCAGCAACAGCCUCAGAUGACGCAAGGACCCAUGAAUGUCCAAAAUCAACAGACGCCUGGCCAAAAUCAAAUCAACAUUAAUGCAAAUUUCCGCCCGCGCUUGCCUUUCCAGAGACCUCCGGUUUCCCAAGCCAGCUCAAAUCAAGGAAUUGUCCAAGGAUUGCCUACCAGCAGUGAUGGAAGUACAAACUUUAAUAUCCAGCUGAAACCAGCGGCUCCAAAUGCUCAACCGGCUCCUGGUCAAAACUUUGGAAUGUUUGGUCCAAUGACUAAUCUUGCUCGUAUGCCAGCGGUUGCUCCUGGCUUUAUAAGGCCACAAAGUGCGGGAACAGUUGCGACUUCUGUAGUGAGUAAAGUUGCAGAUCCGCCUCCUGAUUUCGCGAGAGAUAAUGAGCGGAAAUUGGGCGAUCGGAGUUCAUUCGAGCGAAUAGAUCGGGAUCGAAACUCGCGCUCGAUGCCUGAUGUCGUCGCGGCUGCAGAUCGAAACUCUUCUGGAUCCAAAUGGUCGUCCAGAGAUGAGAAUUCAAGCAAGUCCAAUGACACACGUGACGAUGAAGAGAAACCACGAAGGCGAAGGUCGAAUUCACGUGACCGAAGUAGUAACAAAAGACCACAUACUUCGGAUUCAAGGUCAUCAGUAUCGCCUCCGCCCAGCAAAGUGCAAAAGAGUCACUUUUACUGUGUAAUGGAAAAAGUUUCGAUCGAUGUGACCGAUUCAGAUAUCAGAGAUUUCUUGUCUAGCAGUCACUGUAAAACGAAUAUGAAGCCGAUUAUUAUUGCGAAGAAAAAUCACUGUGUUGUUUAUCUUCGCUUCGAGGACGAGCGAGGGGCAGAUAAGUGUAUGCAGCUUCAUGGCAAACGGUUUUUAAAUGAAACUGUACGAAUCUCGACUUCCAGUAAAGACGUUUUCGACGCGGCCUAUAAAGAGUUCCAAACUGAAAUGAACCGCGAAAUCUACGUGUCACUUAAAGGCAACAGCUACAAGGGAGAGUUUAUUCGUAUUUCUGGCCUGCCUCAUAACGUUAACAACGAUGAUAUUAUGACUCAUGUUCUAAACGGGGAAAAACUACAAGUUGAUGAUAUUUACGUCGAAUAUUCCGAUGAUGCGGCAUCUUUGGAUUCAAUUUCCGCGUAUGUUAGAGCGCCAUGUAGAAAAGACUCUGAGAGAUAUUGCGCAACACCUUUGCGAAAUCUGUUUGGCAGAAAAGUGGAGAUUGUAAAAUUGACAGACAGUCAAGCUUAUCAGAGGAUAAAAGAUCAUCAAAAUCGCGUGGCAUCUUCGGCGCAAAUUUCGAACUCGAAGAGCAAUCGAUCCCCGAGCAGCGCGCGAGAGCCGAGAGAGAAAAGCGAAUCGCGAAGCAGUCGAAGGCGAUCAAUUCCGAGAAGUAUCGACUCGGCCGACGAUACGAAACGAGAUGGAAAAGACGGCGAAUCGAAAUCGAAGCAGUGUCCCGAGGAUGUAUGUAUAGAGGUAAUGGCUCUACCCGCGGGAAAAUUCGACAAACGCGACAUUCGAGAGUUCUUCAAGAAACUUAAAGUCAUGCACGUAGUAUUUGACCCCAAUGACGCUACAAAAGCGUAUGUUGAGUUUGAUAAAGAUAAAGAGCAAGUAACAGCUUUGAGAAUGAACAAUCAGAAGCUGCAAGAUCAUCCAAUGCGGAUCCUUGCAAUUGAGAGCUCGGAAUAUUCUAGAAUAUACAAGCAGUACAAAUCACAACCAGAGAAGAAGCCGCCAACUGUUGUAGAAAAAAGUAGCGGAUCUGGUCGUGAAGGCGGAGAUAGCUUGGGACGCAGCUGCAAAAGAUCAGCUUACCCGGUUCAGUUUUAUAAAUUUUUGUUCAAAAAGCCUCUUUGUAUCAGCCUUGAAAGUGUGAGAAACUUUCUGUUUGUUUCUUUUGAGUCUCAUAUUGUACUAAAGAGGGAUCCGGGAGGAUUCACUUCGGAGGCGUUCCUCAUGACCUGCGAGAACCCGGAGUCUCAUUUCUUGGAACUGGAAAAGAAGAAGUUUUGCAACGUUGAUGUGAUAGUGUGUAAAAUAAGUGAAGAUGAUUUCAAGCAAGGAACCAACAACAUCCAGCCUUCGCCUUCGGUCGCAAGUGUUAACAAAUCUGCAAGCUCAACUGAGGUCACUGAAAGCGAUAAUCAGACUGCGAGUGACAAAAACACGUCGGAACCCGAAGCUGAAAGUGCUUCUGAAACAAAACCGAAUUGCGAAGAGCGAAAUUUGCAAGACUGCAUAGUUAAAGUGUCCGAUUUGCCGCCUCGUAUUUUGGCGACAGAUUUGGAAAACUUGCUUGUGGACGUUCACAUUCGGAAGAAUGGAGUCGCUUUGUUCUCCGACAAGCGGGAGGCAAUUGUGAUUUUGCAGACGUCUAGUGAUCGCGAAAAGGCUCUAUGUAAGAAUGACAGUUUUUUCAUGAGUCAAAAGAUUAAAGUGGAGACGUGUCCUAUAGUUGACGUCGUUUCUCGAUUCCCAUUGGCUCAAUUGCGUCCAAUCGCAUUGGCUGACAUGGAAGAAUUAAGUAAUGAUUACGUAAUCGCAAUGGUAUCCGGAAUCCCAAAGGGAUGCGAAGCUAAGCAACUACAAGAACUCCUGCGGCCUUGUAAGAUUGUAAGCGUCACUUUCAUGCGUGCAGUUUCAACCGCCUUUGUCCAAAUGCAGAACUCGAUGGAUGCGCAGUUUUGUACUUUGAAAACGGGCUUGAAAAUUGCGGACAACCAGGUAAAAGUGGAACCCAAGCGAAAAGCGGAUAUGGAGAAAAUGAUUGCUGAUUUCAAGAAGAAAGGAAGCUCCUCCAAUAGUUCGCUGACACCAGCUGCUAAAACUGCAGCUACUCCCAGUCAAAAUCAAACCCCUGUACCAGUGCCUGCCGAAGCUACUACUGCUGCAGCUGAAGCAGAGGAAAAGCCGACUGCACCGGCGAAAAAGUCAGGCCCGCCCCUGCCUCCAAUUGGCGCUAUUACCAAGAAACCCGAGUUUGGGGUUCAUAUAACUAAUCUACCCUUGACUGUGAUUAAAAGUGACUUGAUACAACUCAUGCAGUCACUGUCGGUGCGAGAUAACCGAAUCACGAUUAAAACGAAUGAGCAAGGUAGAGUUGCCGAAGCUAUUGUUUUGUUAGCAAAUGUGAUCGAGUGCAAAGCGGCAUCUGAGUUCGAUCAGACGUUCCUAGGACCCAAUAAAAUAUCUCUUCGAGCUGUAACUGGAGCUCAACUUAUUCAACUCAUUACGUCAUUUGGUCAGAUUCAAAGCCCGUUCCAACCACCGACUCCCACACCCAAAACCAACUCAGCAGCUUCAUCGUCUAAUUCUGCAAACGAUUCUAAAUCGACUCUCGGGUUCGACCCCAUUACUCUUCGGCUUUCGGGACUGCCGAUUGACGUUCGUCCAGCUGAUAUUCUGGAUUUUUUCAAGGAGUUCAAACCGAAUGGAGAUAUGUUGAAGAUAAGCAAUGAUUCAAUCACACGUGCAUGUACCGCGAAUCUUUCCUUCAACAACCGGCAACUAGGGCUGGAAGCUUUGAAGCAUCGCCAGGGCCAGUUUCUAGGAGGAAGGAAGAUUCUGAUUACCCCGGUCAUGUAAACCAUCUGAAGUUGCCUUCCUUAAAAGGACAAGAAUUUCAAAGAAGUGGCUUAAAUUUGACCUUUGAAUAAGUGAAUCCUAAUAAAACUCUCAAACUCGCUUCAUUCGUUUAUCGUCCCUAUAUAUCAUAUUAUAAACUCCCCAAAGAUUCUUUCUGUCUAAUUGUUGUAAGCUUCUUCAAAAAAACUUGGAUAUAUUUUAUUUCCAUCGCAGAUAUCUUCAUGUACUG